AUAAAAAAGCCACCUUUGACUUGUACCAUGCCUACUAAAUUAACCAAUAAGUUUGGGAUAUUAAUUUCACAGGAGAUCCCUGUAACCUUAUUCUCUCUUGCUUUCUCACAGAAAGAAAGAUGGCGUUGAGCUCGAAACAGAUCGCAGUGUCGCUGGAGCUUCAACCUCAUCCUGAAGGAGGGUACUACAAGGAGACCUUCAGAGACGCUUCUGUUACCCUUACCAAAUCAAUUCUUCCACCUGAAUACAAAGUGGACAGGCCCCUUAGCACAGCCAUAUAUUUUUUACUUCCAUCUGGGAAUGUUGCCCUUUUGCACCGGAUUCCCUGUGCAGAAACAUUCCAUUUCUACUUGGGAGAACCUCUGACGGUCUUUGAGCUUGACCCUAACGGAGGCAUCACACAAACAAUUCUGGGCCCUGAUCUGGCAGCAGGACAAAAAUUGCAGUAUUCUGUUCCACCAUUUGUUUGGUUUGGGUCUUAUCCAACAAAGGAUAUUGAGAGCUACUCUAGUGAUGGUAGCCUGCUAGUUAAAGCUCCACCUAGAGAUCCCGAGAUGCAUUAUUCCUUGGUUGGCGUCACCUGUGCACCUGCCUUCCAGUUCCAAGAUUGCGAGUUGGCUUCAAGAUCUGAACUACUGUCAAUAAACUCGAUUGCCAAACCCUUUAUUGAGUACCUAACAUCUGAUGACUGAAAAUUGAUGAAUGCAAUUUCAUUUCCAAUAGAUCAUUUUUAAGAUUUCAAGUGUCUGCACAGUCUGUUCAAGAGGAAUCGAUGCACUAUCAAAAAGUUGCAAUAGUUGGUCAAUGUUAUUUGUUUUAUCUUUAUAGGCUGUUUUAGAUGAAACAAUAUACUCUCAGAAAAUUGCAAUGGAUUGCAGCAAGGCUGCUUGUUUGAUCUAUAUAGGCUGUUUUAGAGGAAGCAAUAAAAAGCAGAAAAUUGCAAUGAUUUGUAGCAA